CCUCCCUCUUUAUUUCCAAGUUCCAAUCCAAUGGCUUCCAAACUUCCAUUACUAUUUGUUUUUGUGAUGUUCUUUGCUUUAACUUCAGCAAAUCCAAGCAACAUCAGAAAGCCAUACACACCAUGCAAAAACCUAGUCCUCUAUUUUCAUGACAUACUUUACAAUGGAAAUAAUGCAGCAAAUGCAACAUCAGCAAUAGUAGCAGCUCCAGAAGGUGCUAGUUUAACAAAACUGGCACCUCAAUUCCACUUUGGUAACAUAAUAGUUUUCGACGACCCUAUCACUUUGGAUAACAACCUUCAUUCAACACCAAUUGGAAGAGCACAAGGGUUUUACAUUUAUGAUACCAAAAACACAUACACUUCUUGGCUUAGUUUCACAUUUGCUCUUAAUAGCACCUAUCAUCAAGGAACCAUCACUUUUGCGGGAGCUGAUCCAAUUCUGAAGAAAACUAGAGAUAUCUCUGUGACUGGUGGUACUGGAGAUUUCUUUAUGCAUAGAGGAAUCGCUACCAUUAUGACUGAUGCAUUUGAAGGUGAGGUUUAUUUUCGACUUCGUGUUGAUAUUAAGUUCUAUGAGUGUUGGUAAUUAUAAAAUUAAGUCAUUAAUGCCAAAAUAGAAGAAAAUAAAAUCAAGUCAUUCGUGCUGAUAUGGAUUGGAUAUGUAAUAUCUGUUAUGUGUGUUUUUCAUUAGCCCAUAAAGUAUCCUCUUUGUACUUCUUUUUCUCCUCUAUGAUUAUGAUUAUGAUCAAUAAAUAAAGAUUCUAUUGACUA